AUGAAUAGCACAAGUAGUAGUGCAAUUAGUAAGAGUAGCAGUAUGAGUAUUAGUGCGAGUGCAAGUAGUAGUAGUACAAAUAGUAGUACAAGUAAUUCAAGUAGUAGCAUGAGUAGCACGAGUAGUAGUGCGAGUAUGAGUAGUAGUGCUAGUGCGAGUAAUAGUACAAAUAGUACGUGUAGUAGUACAAAUGGUAAGAGUAGUAGUGCAAGUGCGAGGAGUGUGAGAAACACGAUUAGUAUGAGUAGAACUGCAAGUACAAGUAGUAGAAACAGUAGUAUAGGUAUUAGUGUGAGUGUGAGUAGUAAUGUUAGUAUAAGUAGUAGGACAAGUCGUACGGGAAGUAGUAAGAGUAGUACAGGUAGUAGUGCCAGUACGAGUAGCAGUAAGGGUAGUGAGAGUGCAAGUAGCAGUAUAGGUAGUACGAAUAGUAGUGCCAAUAUGAGUAAUAGUGUGAGUGUGAGGAGUAGUACAAGUAUGAGCAGUAUUGUAAGUACGAGUAGGAGUGUGGGUAUGAGUAGUGUGGGUGGUAUGGACAGUUUUACAAGUACGGGCAGUAUUAUGAGUACAGGUAGUGAGUACAUGCAGUGGUACAAGUACAAAUAG